AUGCUUGCGGCCGGGGCCGCACUCGCGCCGCCGUGGCACUUCCUGCCGCCAGUUGACGUGGCCCCCCCCCCUCCCUCGCUGCCGGCUGCGCCCGGCCACGCGCGCAGGCCCCUGCCCAACCCCCAGAUCAAUUUGGCCGCCUCAAAAAGGUACCUUGCUGCCCCCAACAUACGGGUCCCAUGGCCCGGCAUCCCCGACG